CUAUAAAAUCCAACCAUGAUCAACCUCAACUCCUCACCCCACCUCUUUCCCCCAUGGCCUCCUCCAACCACUCCAACUUCUGCUGCGCCUUCCGCAACUGGAUGGCGCAGCAACAGCAGGACCUCGACGAGCUCGUGGCGGCCGACCCGACCGCCACGAGCCAGGAGGAGCUGGAGCACCUAAGGGACAAGUGCAUCAAGCAUUUCAAGGAGUACUCGGAAAGGCGGGCCGCCAUGGCGAGGCAGGACGCGCCGUGCCUCCUGUCCCCACCAUGGUGCUCCGCCUUCGAGACCGCCUUCAUGUGGGUCGGAGGGUGCCGGCCCUCGCUCUUCAUCCGGCUCAUCUACUGCGUCUGCGGGUCCGAGCUCGACGGGUUCCUCCGCGGCGAGAGGCGGGGCAACCUCGCCGAGCUCUCGGCGAGGCAGCUCGAAAUGAUCAACGAUCUGCAGUGCAAGACUGUCAAGGAGGAGGACCAGUUUUCUACAAGGAUUGCUUCUUUACAGGAGGAAAUUGCAGAUGAGCCGCUGGCAACGAUGGCGAAGCGAAGUGUGGGGGAGUGGAGCGGAGAGGUGGAGGCGGCAAUGGCAGCGCACGAGGCAGCGAUGGCGGAGGUUAUAUGCGAGGCGGAUAAGCUGAGGAUGGAGACGCUUAAGGAGGUGAUGAGAAUCCUCAGCCCGGUGCAGGCCGUCGAUCUCCUGAUCGCCGCGAAGCAGCUCCACAUCUCAAUGCAUUGCUGGGGUUCCAGAAGGGAGGAACAAACAUCCACAUGAACGACUUUCUCCCCAUGUCCAUGUAUAUAAAGUUUAUGUGCUUUCUCCUACUAGUUAAGGAAUAAAGCAAGAUGCACUAAAGGUAGGUCGAGUUUUUUAUGCAUCUCUGCCAUCCAAUAAAAUUAGUCUCUGCGAAUAUAGGGUAAGUUUCUCUCUCUGACGAGAUGAUUCAGAAGAGUUUCAUUUUCCACUCAUGAUUAAUACUCCUUCCGUCCUAUAAUAAAAGUCAUACUUAUCAUUUCA